AUGAUGCUCAUCCCGGCUCCCCAGUCCUGCCUGCCUCUCUUUUCCUUGCUGCUGCCUCUGCUGCUGGGAGUCACAGGAGUGACAAGCCAGGAGGAGCUGCAGGUGAUCCAACCUGAGACGGUGUGGGUUGCCCCUGGAGACCUGCCCUGCCAGGUCUCCUCUCUGCAUCCUCUGGGGCCCACCAAGUGGUUCAGGGGGACUGUCCCAAAUCGCGAGCUAAUCUAUGAUUUCAAAGGAAUCCAAAACAAACAACACCUCUUACCCCGAGUAAGAAACGCUUCAGACCCCACCAAGAGAGACAACUUGGACUUUUCCAUCCGCAUCAGUAACAUCACCCCAGCCGAUGCCGGCACCUACUACUGUGUGAGGUUCAGCAAAGGAAGCCCUGAUGACAAGGAGCACAAGUCUGGUCCUGGGACUCGGGUGACAGUGAGUGCCCAGCCCUCUGCCCCCCUGGUAUUGGGCCCCUCGGCGAGGACCACACCUGGGCAGACAGUGAGCUUCACCUGCGAGUCGCACAGCUUCUCCCCAAGAGAUGUCUCCCUGAAGUGGUUCAAAAAUGGGAAAGAGCUCCCAGCCCUGCAGACCGAGGUGGUCCCGCUGGGCGACAGCGUCUCCUACAACAUCUCCAGCAGGACCCAGGUGACGCUGACCACAGAGGAUGUGCACUCUCAGGUCAUCUGUGAGGUGGCCCACACUACCUUGCAGGGCUCUCUUCGUGGGACGGCCAACGUGUCUGAGACCAUCCGAGUUGCACCCACUUUGGAGGCCUCCCAGCACCCCGUCCAAGAGAACCAGGUGAACGUCACCUGCCAGGUGAAGAAGUUCUACCCCAAGAACAUAGACCUGACCUGGUUGGAGAACGGAAAUGUGCCCCGAACCGAAUCGGCCUCACUCCUCACGGAGGACAAGGAUGGGACCUACACCCUGAAAAGCUGGAUCCUGGUGAACUCCUCUGCCCUCAGGGAGGACAUGGUGCUCACCUGCCAGGUGGUACACGACGGGCAGCCCGCAGUCACCAGAGAGCAGACCCUGAAGGCCCCUGUCCACACGAAGCCGGAGAGCACAGAGCAAAACCCCGAAAGGACAAAUCCAUUUCACCACUUUGGAGCUUUCCUGCUAGGCUUCAAGGGGCUGAUGGUGGUUGCUGUGUCUGUCACCUAUGUCUACAGGAAGAUGAGCACCUGACAGUUUGCCAGUUUAUGAGGCACAGAAAGUGUGGACGCAGACAGACAAUAACGGAUGCAAUGAUUAAUCUGGGGCAAAGUGCAG